AUGGCUCGAGGCAGAGGUCGAGGUAGCGGAGGUCGUGUAGGAAAGUCCACAUUUAGGGAUGAUUCUACUGGUCGUGCAAACAUGCCUACCAUUUCCAUUCCCACCACAGUUAGUCCUCAACAAGGUGGUACGAGUUUCAUAGGUAGGCCAGAUCCUAUAAACCAAGUUCAAACUUUAGGUACGCCAUCGGCUCAAGCCUCAGAUAUGGCUCGAGAAAAAGGUCGAGGUAGCGAAGGUCGUGUAGGAAAGUCAUCACUUAGGGGUGAUUCUGCUAGUCAUGCAAACAUGCCUACCAUUCCCAUUGCCACCACAGUUAGUCCUCAACAAGGUGGUACAAGUUUCAUAGGUGGGCCAUAUCCUAUAAACCAUGUUCAAACUUUCGGUACGCCAUCGGUUCAAGUGUCAGGUCGCGGUAGUACCCCAACCAUCCCUGAAUUAUCUCCCAUUACACCUGAUCUGAGUAGCCCAAUAGAUGAGGGUACAUCAAACCAGAGCAACACUAUUAGCGAAGAUGAGUCCAGUAGUCGUCGUAGGCAGCGGACACUUACACUUGUUACUCUUACUCCUACAAGGUUGGAACCUUCUAAAGAAUGCUCUAAUACCAUAUCUGCAUCUUUCAAAAAUCAACUUGAUCCUAAUGGAAUCAAUUGGAAAGAUCCUAAGUGUGUUGAAAAGUCAGAAAUAAAUGCAAAGAAUCGUUGUGGAGGGAAAGAAGUUGCUGCCGGGACUCACACAGGUGGCUCUAUCUGCAUUGGGGAGCAUCGCAAGAGACUUGUGGUUUUUGCAGUUCUUGAUUCUGGUUUACCUAGGUAUAUUGCUAUUUUCUUGAUUACUAUGUUGUUGUCUUUCUUAAAUUAUUUAGGUUUGUCUAUUGCUGUUGAAAAGGGUCGAGAUCCAACACCAGGUGAGGAAAGAUAUCAAGAAAUAUUAUGGGAAAAAUUACAGUCUCAGUCUGAUAUUGAUCAAUGUGAAGGAUAUUACGAAGCUGUUGGGGGAACAAGGAAGAGAAGAAUAUAUGGUCUUGGAUCUCAAGCACAAAGUUAUUAUGGGCCGAAUCUUAGAGUCAAUUCUGGCUUUAAUGCUUCAACAUCAGCACCACCUUCAACUUCUCAAUCAGCACCGACAGAAAAUAUGGAGGAGUUAGUGAUGCGAUUGAUUCCUACACUAACUGAUCACUUGCUUCCUUUAUUUAUUAAGAAGGCACGCGGAGUGAUUUCUUCACCAUCACAUCAUCCAAAUACUCCUAUUGACAAACCAUCAGUUGUGACACCCAUAGUGCCUCCUACUACUACUGCUAACGUUGACGAUGGUGAUCCUUUAGUUUCUGAUGGUGAUCGUAGUCCUUCACCCAUGCAUUAG